AUGGAUCUUUCUCGCAUGGUGAGCGACCUUGUCCCCAAGAAUCGAAGGUGUCUCAAAUGUAUCAUCUCCGACCUUCCUUGCGACAACGGGAUAUGGCAUUGCGAGCAUUGUCAACUUGUCAACCGACGACCUGGGAAUCUCUCCAUGCAGGCCAAGAGUGAGAUCAUGUUUGAAUCGCAUAUCCCGAGUCUCAUGUACAAAUGUCUGGGUCAGCAUCCCGGUUUCGAAUGGCCUUUCGAAAUUCACUUCGACAUGACUUGGCUGGACUGUAUCAUCUGCGAGGAGAAGGAUGAGGACAAGGACAACGUCACGAGCAACCCCGGGAAGCUUCCCCUUUUCAAGGACGGUGCCAUGAGUUACUUUCCCAACGAUGUAGAGAUCAAAAACUCGUUGCGAUGGUUCACAAGCCGCAAUCUCCGCCUUGGAGGAAUGCAAGACUUGCUUCUUUCAAGGUUAAGUCCUCUGCUCCACGAACAAGCGUUGCGGGAUCUUGCUGCGCGCCACCAAGUCCCGUGCACCACACUGGAAGACUGGUGGAAGACUUACCUCAUGUCGGGACUGAUUCUAUCAACAUGGGAAGAGGCUGUGAUUGUUGGCGACUUCCAGCCGACACAGUUGGACCAGCCGGCAAUGGAGGUUAUCAAGCUCUUCCACCGCAAAACUCAGCAGUUGGCAGAUAAUCUGGACGCUGUCACGCCUGACCUGAGGACCCUUAAUUCUAUGAGGGCCAUACACCCGGUUAUGGAAGAAGCUCUGGCAAACACGUCGAUGGAUAGGUACUCGUGGAUGCUCAUGGCAGAAUGCAUGACCGGGGGAAUCCACAUCUUUCAGAGAUUCGGUAUCUCAUGGAUUUAG